GUCUGAGAAAUGAUGUGAUAGAUCAACAGAUUUAUAUUUAUCCAUCAUUUGUCAACUAUAAUCCAUCGACCAAUCACAGUCAUUUGAGAUUAUUGGGGAAUCAGGAAUAUUAUUCAGACCCAUGAUGUUGAUGUACACAAAGCCUGGUUGCAUCAUCACACUCCACAUGUUCUGCAACAAUGAAUAGGCCUAUUUGCAGAUGGAAAAACAGCAUUCAAGCACUUGGCAGAGACCUUUGUCCUGUUCUAAUUUGACUAUCCUCUCCAUUGUGCUUACUGUGUCUGAGUGUUUUACCGGGAUGGUAAGUAGCUCUUCCAUUUCUCUCUCUGCGUCUGCGGCAGGCCAGGUUAUUAAUGAGCAGCAGCUGGGACCAGUGCAGGUACACGCACAGCCAGACAAAGCCCAAUAUAUAACCGUGAAGCUAUAAAAAACGAGCUGAUGUAAAUGAGAAAGAGCCGAGGAAGGAGGUUGGGGUGGUUUUUAGAGUGGAGCAGGAUGCUGUUGAAACUGAGGAGGAGAGUCACAGGUCAGGUGAAAUCGCCGCCACAUAAAGGGCCACUUAGCCGGCGGAGGGCGACCCGGACACUUCCCCCGUCGGCCACGUGGGUCAAGGGUCAGCCCUUGAGAGGUGUAGUGGCGCAUCUCUCAGACGGACUUUUCCAGCCUUGCGUGUGGCACUUAGCCAAAGGUGACAGCUGUGUGAGGAGCGGGGACGUGUUCAAUCAAAUGGGAGGGGGCUUCUGAGCCUCGCCGCCAUUCGGUUAAAGUGGUCGUAUAUCACGGCUAAUCAUGACUUCGGCUGCUACCUGAAGAUUAUUCAAUCCCGAACGCAGCGUUCAACUCCCUUAUUCUUCUUUUGUCCGGCGGUGAAUCAUUUCGGACCACCUUUUGGGGUCAGAGAGAGAAAAUGAGCACGGCAGCAUAAACAAAUGCACGCUUCGCAACUAGGUCAGCUGGCAACCUGUCCGCUACAUCAGUGGCAGACCAGACCGACCGACUUCAGGAGAUAUGCUUGGAUUUCAACCCCAACAAUGACUCGGAAAGCGUUUGCGAUGCACUUUAUAGAGGCAGGUGAAAUGUAUGAUAGCAUGGAGGGAAGUUUAAGAAGGUAAAUGAUAUUAAGAUGCAGAAAGAUGAUGUCAGAGCAGGCAGAAGCUCAUUUGUAGUGCAGGGGCGUCGUACGGGCUUACUCAGACACAUGCUCCCAAUUAGCUGGCCUUCCUCAUGUAAAUGCCCUAUAAAUUAUCCCCCGUGCUACAGGAUUAGGUGCUCAUAAAGGGAGUUAGCAUCUCAAUAAAGAGACAGGUUUGCUGCAAGAGCAAAUUAGUGGAACGGAGAGACAGAGGGUGGGAGGGAGAUGUGGCGGAAAACAGUGCGAGUUUGUGUUGAUUUGUGGUGUUUAUGUUUAUAUUUGCAUAUCAUCUGUUUUAUUAUAGAUCAGUAAUGGGAGGGGUCACCGUCAAGUUGAAGUUAGUCUGUGUGCAAGUAUAUGCGUGGGAUUUCAGUCAUGCGCGUGAGGUAUAAACAAAUGAACAGUGUCAUUAGACCUGUAAUACCUAGAAAACACAGAAGGAACAAACAUGAUAAAUGAAUAAACAUGUCUAGGAAGGAAAGGCUAAAGGAUAAGGAUCUGUGUAUCCGGUUUUAAAAGCGCUGCCAGUUUUGGUGUAAGCGUAGACAUGCUUGUUGGCAUUCAGCAGCUCUGGGUGCAGAAACAGACACCUGACCUGGCAGUAAGGGGAGAGGUGUGCCUCGGGUGUGGGGUAAACAUCAAUGCCUUUAACAGCCACUGGAGAACCACACACUGAUAUAUUUAUCUCAGAGUAAACUCUGAUAUACAAUCCCAAAUGCUGGGUCAUUCUACUAAAUGGGUGCUAUUUGGGUGCCUUGUGUAAAAAUGACUUUAAAAAUGUAUUGAUGAUUCCAACUUUUAGUUUGUGUCUCAUUUUUUUCUAGCACAUCUGGUAACUUAAUUUGUAUAUGUAUUUUUCAGCUUGUUUUGUGUCUUCAUUUUUUAAGGGUUUAGUUUGUUGCGCCAAAUUGUGCAUUACGUCUGUUAUAUACUUUUUCAAUUUUAAAGUAAUGAACUAUUCAUAAAUACUACUACUACUACUACUACUAAUAAUAAUAAUAAUAAAUAAUAAUAUUAAAUCCAAUUAAUAAAAAAUUUGAGUCAUCAAAAAGUGAACUCUGCUAGGAUAAUUAAUGUUUCCAUUUUUUUUAUACCCUCUUACCAUUUUGUAUAGUCAUGCCAAAAUAAAACUAUUGAUCUGCCAGCCCUGUUACCUCAACAUUACCUUUCUGAAGGAAUAAUGAUAUGCAAUUACUUACACUUUGUUUUUGUUGUUUUUAAAAAAUACUUUAAAAAUCACUUUUAAAAAUUAGUAUAAGCACCCAUUUUAUAGCAUGACCCAACUAUGGAUGGACACCGAUUUAACCAGCAUAAUUUGCAUAUUAACCUGCAUAUUUGUUACAGUGUUGAAAUUAAUGCUUAAAUUUUAUAUUAAUUCUUAAAGAAGGAGAUUUAAACCAACAAAGAAGUCUCUUGAAUAUUGACUAAGCAUGAAAUAUGUUACUAAAACAGUCUGUCAGACAUUAAUUGACACAAUGAUGCAGUGAUUUAUUAAAUGCAGGGAAUUAUUAAGCUUGGCACUGGGCAGACUGUUAAUUGGGGACAUGGGUUACAUUAUUGUCGCUCAUACACUGCCAGAUAUUUUGAAACAACCGAAAGAAACCAAAAUCUUGCUUGGCAAGAUUUAGUCACUAAAUUAAAUGAAGCAAAACAUACUGCAACACAUUUAGCUGUACACACACACACACACACACACACACACACACACACACACACACACACACACAUAAGGCAUUUAAUAGGGAUAUCCUCUUUAAUUAUUGUUCUCUGGUAGACACACACACACAUACAAAUUUGCAGUCAGCAGGACCAUCUUCUUUAAUUAUGUUUUGUCUGCUCACGCACAUACAGACCUCAAAGGGUUUAUGAAUAAACGAAAGGUGUGGUUGGAUUAAGUUAAUGCCAGGCUCUAUUUUCAGGAUCUGCUGUGUCCAGAUCAGGCACCAGAUGGCGCUGUGCUGGCAGUGCCAGGAGAUAAUGGGGACAGAUCGGGCCGCAUUACUGCCCAUUAUCUUCUAAUUACUUGUGCGAGGAGCGCUGAUCCUGGCGUUUGUGUAAGGAGAAGGCAGAGCCUGGAUUACUCGCACUCUCUCCUCGGGGACUGCAGAGAUUCAGCCAGGCUGGUGGGCUACAAUGAGAUCUAAAAGCGAACAAUCCCUCUCGCUGCCUCCCUCCUUUCUUUCUUUCUUUCUCUCUCUAUAGAACAGAUCUCUCCAUCCAGAUGUCUUUGAGACAAGUAGAGCCCUCAGUGAGUGAUUCUCUCACUUGCUUUUUCUGUUUCUCUCUGUCAAUCUUGUAGUGUACUUUAUUAACCAGUUCUCAACUGGUAGGUCAUGACACAAAAAUGUGUCUCAGGUCUGUUCUGAUUCUGGCAGGUCUCAACAGUAAGAAUGACCCAGUGACCCGGGACCAGUUCGAUGGAUUUUGAUUAGUUGGGAGAAUCCACUUUCAACAGGAAGCACUGAAAGCACUUUUGUGUUCCAUAACAUCAUGUUAUGAAUGCUUAUAGCCAUCAUAAGCCUCCUCUUCCAUUCCGGUCUCAGCAGUCCACCACAGACCAUUACUUGUUUUUUUUUUUUUUUUUAAGCUCACGCUCUCAGGUUGUGGCUCAUCUGAGGUAAAAUGCUUAAAAGAGUCGUUUUCCUCUCCUGUUCCAUCAGAAACCCUUAGGAGCUCCAUCUCUUUCAGGUACAGUAAAAAGGAAUAAAAGAUCUCUGUGAGUGGCUGUGGGAGAAGCCCAUGUGAAUAGUGGUUGCUAGAUUUUACCUUCCUGCAGGUAUUGAUUGCCUCAUGCCUGUCCCCUGCCUACAAGUUACAGGGGAAGAUUUUGAGCGCUGCGACGAGAGGAAGAACAGAGGGAUGGCUGAAGCUCUGGGAACAAACUUCCCUUUAUAUCCCACAGGACUAAAGACUCAUUGCAAUGAAGACUCAUCAGCUCUUUCUCCACUAGACUGAUCUCCAUAUUUUGCUCUGUUCCUCAAUUCUCCUCCGCCCUCUUCCCAAUCCCCGUCUUGCGGCCUACCAUCUCCUCGGCUCAGGGAAGCAACGUCUCGACUGAAGAAGUACAGCUGACUUGUGUGGUUAAUGACACCUCAGCGAGCUAUUGGUUUUUUUAGGGCCUCUGUGUGUUUUUCUCUCUGUCUCGCCUCCAUCUUCUUUUCCCCUCCAUGCCUUGACACUGUUUCCCUCUCUCUGUCAAGCACAGAUUUAUUCUGCCUGUGAUGCGUGGAGAGGAGAGCAGUGCGAGUGCUCAGGGAUAGGGUCAGUAGGAGGGAGGUGUGUGUACAAUAAGAGAUAAGAUCAUGGCUCCCCGGGGGCUUGUUUGGCCCUGUACCCGAUCCAUCAAACGCAUGCUCCUGGUGCCAAGGUCAACUCUAAUGAGCAUUUGCUGGGGUCUUAUUCUCAGCACCCCACACCCCUCUACCUCUGUCUCACGUUUUUUCUUUCACAUGUAUGCACACACACAUAUAGAGUGUGUGAAAAUCCACAUACCUGUACAGUUCGGAAAAGCAGUUAUGUUUCACCCCGUUGACAGUCUGUUACUUUAAAUUGUUGUACAAAUACAAAAAUGAGGAAUAAUUAAGAUUGUUUAAAUUGUUGUUUUUGUGUGUCAUGCAUAUUACUGAUCUAAAUCUAUAAAUUAUAUCUUUUUUUUUUUUUUGCUUCAUAUUGUAUCUUGUAUGUAUAUGUAUGUAUCCUUUUAAAGAAUGGUUUCUAUGUUUUUAGCAGCUAAAAUCAUAUUUUAUGAUUUAUUCCUGUGAUGGAAAAGCUGAAUUUUUAGUAGGCCUAGUCAUUACUCCAGUCUUCAGUGUCACAUGAUCCUUCAGAAAUAAUUCUAAUAUGCUUAUUUGUUUAAGACACAUUUAUUAUUAUGCUUAAUGUGUUUGUAGAACCUGUACAAUAUUUUUAGGAUAAAAAAUAUUGAACUUUUUAGUAGGAAGUCAAAAAAAUAUAUAUAUGUAUGUGUGUGUGCGUGCAAAAUUAUUCAUACCCUUGGUAAAUACGAUGAAAGAAGGCUAUGAAAAUAAAUCAGCACUGAAAAUAAAUGAAACUAAAUCUUUUUGAUCUUUUAUUUUAAAAGUUUACAAAAAUAUAACCUUUCAUUGGAGAAUAAGAAUUUAAAAUGGGCGGAAAAUCUCAUUAUGAAAUAAAUGUUUUUCUCUAAUACACAAUGGCCACAAUUAAUCAUGCCCUUUUAUUCAAUAUUUUUUGCAGCCUCCUUUUCCUAAGAUAACAGCUCUGAGUCUUCUUCUAUAAUGCCUGAUGAGUUUGGAGAACACCUGACAAGAGAUCAGAGACCAUUCCUUCAUAUAGAAUCUCUCCAGAACCUUCAGAUUCCCAGCUCCAUAUAAAGAAGCUGAUCUUGGAUGCUGCUGAGGAGAGACUCCGGGUGCUCCUUUAUGGUCUCUGUUCCCACCCUGUAGAUCACAGUGAUCAUCUCUGCUUGAUGUCAUCCUUGAAGUCUGUCAAGAGUUAUAAAUCACUGAGCUGUUGAUGAACUUGGACAUGGAGGGAGGAUAGUGAGUGAGAGAAGUCAGGAGUCAUCAGCUUGAGAUUAUGUGCAAUUUCAUUCUUUCUGCGCUCUACCGUCCAACCAUUUCGCAUUGCAUCACCUGCGCUGGCACAGAAUGCACUUGCCUUUUCCAUCCGGAUUCAACUCUGCUUCUCGCCACAGCGAACUACCUUUGAACUGAUGAAAAUUGCAGCUGCUCCAUAGGCGCGAGGCUCGAGUUGCUGCCGCUUUGCUUCUGUCCGUGGUGCUGAAAUGCGCGCGCCCGCUAAGUAGGCUACCUUGUGGUUUUACACUAACACUGUUACUUCAGAACAGCUUUUUGAAAUAAUUUCAUAAAUAAUUCAAAGCUACCAUCGAUGCGUCUCGCGUCUUCGAAAAAUACCGGGAUUGGGAAAAAAUUAAUUAAAUUUGCCAGCCUAGAGUAUAUUUAGGCUGUAUCGAUUUUUUUUUGAAGAGUGAGUGAGGAGCUAAAGAAAAAAAAAAUUGGAGGCAGGGUCUGUGUAUCUACUUCAUACAGAACCUCUUCAAGAAACCUCCUUUUUCUUUUUAAACUUAAACUAAAAGUCCUCAAGGAAGAAGAAAGUUUUUUUUUUUUCCCAGACAGGGGAUGAAUAUUUCUCAUUUCCGAUUCCGAUUCUGCUUUGGAUUUUCCUCCUGGAUAGAUCGCUGUUAAAUCGAGCGCCAUUCACGCAGAACUUGGCUGAAUACAGAUGAUAAUCUGAACAGAAAGCUUCACGCAAGCAGCAGUGUGGAGAUGGAAGCGUCCACCAACGGCUCCAGUUUUGGAAUCGACUCCCUGCUAUCCCACAGGCCAGGAAGCCCGGUUAUCGCGAAGGGGGACAGUUUGGUAGGGGAAUGCCGGUCCCCGCUGGAGUUCAGCCCCAGGUCAGACUUAGAGAGCGGUUGUUCUUCUCCUCCGUCUCCGAGGCGGGAGUGCGGUGAGGAUGCGGCGCAGAGACAGGGUCAUCCGCUCGGGCUCGCGUCCCAUUUACAGCACGGCCCGAUCUCUGCUGGAUCUCAACCUCGGACUGUCACUUCAUCCUUCUUAAUAAGAGAUAUUCUGGCUGACUGUAAACCCUUAGCGGCGUGUGCCCCUUACUCCAGUAACGGUCAGCCGACACAGGAGACGGGGAGACUGGCAUCUAAAAUCGCAGACGACUUCAUUGAAAAGAUCCACAGUAACUCAUCGUCAGACAGUGAAUACAAAGUGAAAGAGGAGGGCGACAGGGAGAUCUCGAGCAGCAGAGACAGCCCGCAGGUUCGCCUGAAGAAGCCACGGAAAGCGCGGACCGCCUUCACUGACCAUCAGCUCGCCCAGCUGGAGCGCAGUUUUGAGCGUCAGAAGUACCUGAGCGUGCAGGACAGAAUGGAGCUGGCAGCAUCUCUCAACCUGACCGACACGCAGGUCAAAACCUGGUACCAGAACAGGAGAACGAAGUGGAAGAGACAAACGGCGGUCGGACUGGAAUUGUUAGCGGAGGCUGGAAAUUAUUCUGCGCUGCAAAGGAUGUUCCCCUCGCCUUAUUUCUACCCUCAAAGCCUGGUGUCGAAUCUGGACCCUGGAGCAGCGCUCUACUUAUACAGGGGACCUUCGGCGCCCCCGCCGGCGCUGCAGCGUCCUCUCGUUCCCCGGAUUCUUCUGCACGGUCUCCAGGGCGCCAACGAGCCGCCGCCGCCUCUGCCCCCCCUCUCCGGUGUGCUACCCAGACCAACGCCACCGCGAUGAACGGCGCGAUUCGGACUCGUUGCAAUACAUGGCAGCUUUGAACUCCACCAUCAAAGAACAAUUUUAUUGGUGACAAAAUAUUCGAGAUAUAUUACGAAGCCACAAAAACAAGCUGAGACACAAAAAGUGGUUAGAGACAUUUUUUCAACUUUAUUUAAUUAUUUAUUUUCGUUAUGUUUUUUUUUUUUACUUAUAUGUUUAUAUUGUUUGUUUACCCUAAAGGUUAAAUCUGGAGAAAACAAAUACGCAAUAAUAGCGGGACAUGAUUCUACAGGGACACUUCGUUUCACAAAUUAUUAUUACUUUAUCUAGCCAAUAUUACAAAUGUGAAUUGUUGGUGAAUCCCUGACGCAAAGAAUAUUUAAAUGGUAGAUUCAUAUUUAAUUAUCCUGAGAUCAAAUCCAGGUCACAAGUUAAUAAAUCGUGGGUUUUGUAGUGACCCUCUAAAAUGUACAAAGGUAAAGAAGUGUAAAUAAGAAUAUUUUGUUUUAUGUUAAAAGACAAAUCUCAAAUUUUCUCUUUUUGUAUCAUAUUUCCAAGCCUUACGUGAACAGGUGAGAUUGACGUGAGCAGCACAUUAGAAAUCAAAAACGAAAAAGAAGUGUCACUUUUCUAUUUGACAAACAGUUAAAUGCUAUCCGGAGUUCCAUACCUAAACAGAACAAGCAGGUGGAUUGGACGAGAUGGAUUAUUAAUCGAUUAUCAAUCGAUUAUUUUUGUGCUGCUUUUUUCGUUUCUGUAUUCCUGCGCAACUGCCAGCAGUAUCACUUUGAUGUUGAUGGGAAAACGCCAAGUCCUGGUCAAGGAAAUGACGAAGUGUUCGCCCAGGCGUUGUGCAAUAACUCUGUAAAAAGCCGUUGAAAUAUCUUGUCAUUCUUUCUGGUGAAGCUGUAUAUUGAGAAUUAUGAUUUGUGAAGUAAUGAUUCUCGUAAUUCCAAAUGAUUUUCGUUCGUGCCCCCGUGUGUUAGCGGUGUGAACUUCUGGAAAACUCUUAAAACUGCUGGAUGUGCGGGGGAGGGUGGUCUUCAAGCAAGGAGAAUUACUUUUAUAAAUGUGCUAAUAAAGAUCUUUCAUUAAUUUA